AUCAUCUCGAGACGACUGUGGACACCAGAUAUUUUUUUCCUAUUUUCUUCUGAGACGCAGAUUUCCUCUGAAGUGAUUUUUGGUCCAAGACCCAGAGUCAUGUCCGGUCGCGACAACCCCAAUUUCCAGGAGGACGCGACAGAUGGCGCCAUCGGCGUGACCUUGAAGUCGAUCAAGCCUAAUCUGGAGUACCAGGUAGGAUAUGAGGAGAAGCCACCCUAUUCGCAGCAGAAUGGCAAUGGGACAGCCAAGAAUCCUCACAGGACUCCUGGCAAGGAUGUGGAGGAAGGAGAGGGAGGCGUUGACUGUGAGGGAGAAGAAGGGGAGGAGGAUUACAGCAUCUGUUCUCUGAUACCUGGUUACAAAUCCUUGUCUGAGAGUAAGAAGGUCAAGACCUGGCUGAAGAGAGUGUUCUUGAGUGUGCUGGCCGUACUCUACGCAGUGUACUUCAUCUACGUAAUUCGGGUACCCACGAAAGCAGAGGAAAACGACUACUGGUGUGAGGGAGACGGACUUCUGAUUGUAAUCACUUUCUUUGCAGUCACUGGGCUCUUCUAUUUCCAGAUCAUCAAACCAUAUUUUAGCCUCUUCCUAUAUGAAAGAGUCAUCAGGCACGUAGUGAAUGGCUGUGGCAAAUUGUGGCAGUUCAAAUUAGUCCAGUUCUUCGUAUACAUUGGCCUCCUAGCGGCUGUGGGCGUUUUCCUGUAUUUUGACACCAAGGACGACCCCAAUCGUCUUGUUUCUCUCUUCGGAGUUUUUGUGUUGCUUCUCUUCGGAUUCAUCUUCUCCACGGCUCCCAGAAAGGUCCGUUGGCGCCAUGUUGCCUGGGGAAUGGGUCUCCAGUUCUGCCUGGGUCUCUUCAUCCUCCGCUGGGAAGUGGGAAAAGGUGUGUUCAAAUGCGCUGGUGACAGAGUCAGCAGGUUCUUGGAAUUUACGGACGACGGCUCGCGCUUUGUCUUCAGUGACCUGCUGAUCAAGGAUAAUUUUGUGUUUGCGUUCAAGGUGCUAUCCGUCAUCCUCUUCUUCAGUUUUUGCAUUCAGAUUCUGUAUUACUGGGGCGCUAUGCAGUGGGUGGUCAUCAAGCUUGGCUGGUUCUUGCAGGUGACUGUUGGCACCACCGCUUGUGAGAGCGUGAAUGCUGCUGCUAAUAUAUUCUUAGGACAAACUGAGGCCCCUCUUCUGAUCAAGCCCUACAUACCGCUCAUGACCAAAUCAGAGCUGCACGCUGUCAUGACUGGAGGAUUUGCCACCAUAGCCGGGUCCGUCCUGGCAGCCUACAUCUCCUUCGGCGUAGACCCAACCCACCUUCUCUCAGCUUCUGUCAUGAGCGCUCCUGCAGCUCUCGCCUUUGCAAAGCUCUUCUACCCUGAAACCAAAGUCUCGAAGACGGGCGUCAACGACAUCAGAAUCACGAAGGGUGAGGAGACCAACUGGCUGCAUGCUGCGAUGGUGGGAGUCACAAACGCCAUUCCCUUGGUGGCGAACAUCGCUGCAAAUCUGAUCGCUUUCUACGCCUUCAUCUCCCUCUGUAGCAGCCUCAUGGACUGGACCUGUACUCUUGCAGGUGCUGAGGCUGGGGUCUGCAGUCUGCAGAAUUUGUUUGGGUGGAUCUUCAUGCCCCUGGCAUGGGUCAUGGGUGUGGAAUGGUCAGAAUGUGACAAAGUGGGCCAGCUUGUUGGCAUCAAGACGAUCGUCAAUGAAUUCGUCGCUUAUUCUGAGCUGGCAAAUAUGAAGAAAAGAAAUGAACUAUCAAAGCGAGCUGAAAUCAUCGCCACUUACGCCCUCUGCGGCUUCAGCAACAUCAGUGCUAUCGGCAUCAAUCUUGGAGGCUUCGGUGCCAUGGCACCAUCCCGGAAAGCUGACCUGGCCAGUGUCGUCGUCAGGGCUAUGAUCUCGGGCAGCUGCGCCUGCUUCCUCACUGCGUGUAUCGCUGGUACGCUACUGAGCGAAGGGCCCGCAGGGACUUCUGGCAACAGUACAGCAAACUUCACCCUCACCUAAAUCAUCGUUUACACUUUUAUUCUGCCAUCAAGGUUUUUCGUCGUCUUUUGUAGAUACAUAGUAUAUUUAGAUAGUUUCAUCUUUGUGUUUUGGAGUUGACAGUGAAUACCCCUGGCCGAUAUCAUUAGAAUUAAUUGUGAUUGGUGGACACUCGCUUUGCCCACCAGCCACCAGAGGAUUUAGCCAAUCAGAAGACAAUUGGGAACUUCAGUGGAAAUUUAUUGUCAGGUCCAAAUGGACAGACUGUAGCGUAGUAGCAGUUCACGUCUUAGAUUUUAUUUUGUGAUUAUAGUUUUAAUUUUGAUCUCUGUGUCAUAGUACUUAAAUGAUUGUUGUGCCGUGCAAAGGUUUGUAAUAUUCACUUUUCAGAUAGGUUUUAAUUGUACUAUCAAGGCAGUUGUUUUUAAACGAAUUGAGGAGUUUCAUGAAAUGAGGCUGGAUCAAUGAUUGUAAAAUUAAAAAAAAAGAAACUGAUAAAUUUUCUGAUGAAUGGCAACCACUGUGAUACACUUUAUAAUUUCACAACGAAGUCCUUUCAUAACUUUUCACUUGUAAAUAGUAAAUAGAUCCGUAAUUCCCUCUAUCAGCUUUUAAUUAAUGUGAAGUGUGUAUAUAAACCUAGUUGGUAAAUAGUUAUUUCUUUUAUAUUGUAUGAAUGCCUAAAAUAUUUCUGGCAAAGACUGUUUACAUAUUAGUGUUCAAUUUCAUUUUAAACAGAAUGUCUUAUUGAUAAGAAAGAGAUUGAAAUAUAUUUUAUUUAUGAAAUAUAUGAUAUAUUGUAUUUUAUAUAUGGAUAUUUUUCCAUGAUUCCAUGUGAUAAUUGUAUUUAUGAAUAAACAUUCCAUGAAAGCCUUCCGUUUGUC